CAAGAAAUGUUCUUGUCUUCCAGAACCCAACACAAACCAAGCAUCUUAACCCUUUCCCAAUUGACCCAAAUACUUGAUCCGUAUGCAUCAGAUACGAAAAGAAAACCACCAUUACUGACACUUUCUCCUCUUGUUCCUGCUCCAAUUCAGGAGGAGCAGGCUGCUGCAAUGGGCUGCUCCUCGUCGAAGCUGGACGAGGAGGCCGCCGUGAGGGCCUGCCACAACCGGAAGAGCUUCGUCAAGAAGGCGAUCGCGCAGCGGAGCCUCCUGGCCUCCUCCCACGUCGCCUACGUCCAGUCGCUCCGCCGCGUCUCGCUCGCGCUCUUCUACUACUACGCCGAGGACGAGCACCUCUACUUCCUGCAGGAGUCAUCGUGCGUGCAUCACCCGGGCUCGCCUGAUAAAGUUCUCGUCAUCAACUGCCUGACACCCGGCGGGGCUCCGGUGCAUCCGCUGGAGCAAUGGGAGCCUGAAGCCGCUGAAACCGCCACGAUCGAUAGAUUCUUCGGGCUGGAUCACCAUUUUUUCCACCCUUCGUCCAUUGAUUCGAUGAAUGACACACCGAUAUCGCCGCAGCCGCCAAGAUGGGACUUCUUUUGGGACCCUUUCUCUUCACUGACCGAUCAUUGUGAGUACGCGAAUUAUGGUGUCGAAGGGGCGAAAGCUGAUCAAGAGGAUGAGCAGAUACCGGAGCUGGAGGAAGAGAGCGGUGACGAUGAUGACCGAGAAGGGGAAGCCGAGGAAGAAGAGGAGAAAGCUGAGCAGGCAGCACCGGAGAUGGUGCCUCCAAGGGAGGCAGAGGAGAAGGUGGUGGGUCAUGUGAACAAUGAGCUGAGAGUGCUAGCAAGUGCCGAGGUUGAGCAGCAUGGCACUCCCGGCUUCACCGUGUACGUUGACCGGCCCCCGACGAGCAUGGCGGAGGCCAUGAGGGACAUCCAGGGCCAUUUCAUGAAGAUUGUUGACACUGCCAAUGAGGUGUCGGUGUUGCUGGAGGUAGUCCCCUACAAGAGGAGAGUUCAACCACCAGCUCCGAGGGGUGACGGCGACGAGCAAGGCGCAGCCGAGGUCCCGCCGGAGCCAUUCGAGCUCUUCCAGAGCCACAAGGAGAGCCUUGACAGGCUCUACGAGUGGGAGAAGAGGCUGUACGAGGAAGUCAGGGCAGGGGAGCGAGUUCGUCUGGCCUACGAGAAGAAAUGCGCGCUGCUGAGGAGCCAGGACGCCAAUGGCGCCGAGCCGUUCGCCAUCGAGAGGACGAGGGCCGCCAUCAGGGACCUCCGGACCAAGCUGAACAUCUCCCUCACCUCCGUCGACGCCGUGUCGAGGAGGAUCGCCGCGGUGCGCGACGACGAGCUCCUGCCGCAGCUCACGCAGCUCGUCCGAGGGUACGAUUAUUGUAGAGGAAAGAGAAAAUCAUGGCGUUUUUUCAACCAAUUUAUGAUUCCUUUUUGUUCGUUAUUCAGGUUGGCAAGGAUGUGGAGAGUGAUCGCCGACGCGCACCGGGUGAUGAAGCGCACGGCCGACGAGGCCAGCGCGCUGCUGUCAUCCUCGGCCGCCGCCGCCGCAGCCACUAGGCCGGAUCCGGGCGGCGAUGGACGUAUUAGGGGCCCGCCGCCGCCUCCGGGCCCGACGCGCGCGGCUGCGGCCGCGGGCGCGCUCGGCGCGGAGCUCCGCGGCUGGCGCGCGGCGCUGGAGGCCUGGGCCGAGUCGCAGCGCGCGUACGCGGCCGCGCUCUGGGGCUGGGCGCGGAGUAGCGUCAAGGACGGCGAGGACAUGCCGCGCCUGAUCGUCGCCUGGGCGCGCGCGGUGGAGUCCGUGGACGUGGAGGCGGCGACCAGGGCCGUGGACGCGGUAACGGCCGAGGCGGCCGCCAUCGCGUCGGCCGCGAAAAGGCAGCGGAGCGGCGAGGAGUGGUUGAACGAGGAGGAGGGGAAGAAGAAGGUCUGUGUCGGGCUCGCGGGCGCACUGGCGGCCAUUGCUGAGGCCGGCGGCAUGGCCGUCGCUGCGUACGACGAGCUGUUGGUGGAGAUGGAAGCGAGGGAACGGGAGACAGAGGUGGCGGGAACGCGCGGGGAGUCCAUCCAAAACUAAAUCCUGCCGUUGUAACCUGUAAG